GAGGAGUCCUGUGUUCAAAGCUGUUGGUCCAACAAGACAUUCACAUCUCAUUCCCAGAGGCUCAAAUCAGCAUUUAAGGCCUAAGUAGCCACUUACAUGCAAAUCAGAGUAUCCGUAUUGGGAACAAGCUGUCCCACAGAGAUGCCCGUAUUUGUUACUGUUCCUGUCAGCUCCCAGUGAGCACGCUAAUACAAGCAGAAAUGAGCAUGCAUCUGCCUCCUCACAGAAGCCCAAAUGCAGCCUCUUGUACGCUUUCAUACACAGCCUGACACUGCAGCGAUCCUAGCCAAAUAAAUCAAAGAACAUCAGUCUGGCCUCAUAUUUGCAAAUAGUGCCAGGCUACCAAAUGCUAUUGCCCCUACACACACAGAUAAAUAGAGAAACACAUCUGUCCACUCAGUCACACCUAUUUGUAACUGUGCUCAUAUGCAUCUGAUGUAAAUGUUUAUAUAUAAGCAAAGAAAGUAGAUAUUUUCAUGUAAAUUCAAUAUCUUUAUAAGCAGUAAAGCAUAUUUUCUGCACAUAUGCAUUAGAUUUCUACAGUAACAUGAAUUUAAAGACGUAUGCAAAGAAACCAUUAACAGACGUUUUAUGGAUAUGCGUAAGUGGAUAUGUGUUGUUAUACAUUAAUCCAGUGCACUCCAUAUCCUUCUGGUAAAACAAAGCUCACCCCAAUUUCCUGAGAGUCAGGGCUUUCUCGCCUCCAUAAGAAAUGUCUCAUAUCCCUGUGCAUUGACACGGUUAUCUGCAGCUGCAGGAGACACCUAGAGCUUUAUUUCUGAAACCUCAUCUUCAGCCAUUAACCGAAAAAAGAACUGUCAGUCAUUAUGGAUCAAAGGGCCUCUGUUCGUAACCUUCAGCCGCUAAGUGAUCACACGUGCCUUGAGCCAGUUCACUAAACCACAGGGCAUGGUAUUCUCACAGCAGUGCACCUACCAGUGCUGGUGUGGGUGAGCUCCCCACCAUAGGACAUCGGUCCAGCUUCCAGCGGAAAGCUCACGCUGACAGGUAUCCAUCCCGUUCAGGCCCUGGGAACUCACAGUACCCCAAGGAGUUUCCAAAAUGAGAUGAUAUCUCUACUCUGGUGCAGAAUAAGUGUACCUGAUAAACAGCUUUACUUCUACUGACUCUAGACCAGCAGGACUUACUGUGCAUAGAGCAGAAAUAAAUGAGAGUAAGGCCAUUAUGUAUCGUGACUCUCUGAGGGUCACCUCUGCUCAUAUCUAGGUUCUAAACUGUGAACAGUUUUGUUCCUCUUUCCAUAUGUUCUCCAAGAGCUGUAGAGUGAUUCAGCCCAUUUCUUCCCGAGCGCUUUUCCUCCUUAAUCAUUUUAGGGGAUCUUUUUUUUUUUCAAAUUUAAACCAGAAAACCUCUUCGUGACGUUAGUUACCGCUUGAGUCACAUUUUUGGAGGGACAGAAACCCUCCCCCUCCUUCUGCAUUCGCAGUCUGUGGCUCUGUGACGAUCGGAGCCGCAUGUGCAAAGAUAUGCGCAGAGCCCUGCAAGCGCCAAUGCCUUGGUGUGCGACAUUCGAGCCGGUGCUGAAGCCCCCGUUCCCGACACGUGUUGGUCGUGUCGGUCGCAACGUGGCCUUCGGUGAGCGGGGAGGAGGACGGUCUUGUGACAACUGCGCUGGAGGAAGGCCUGGGUCCUGCCCCGGGCGCUCUCACCAGACAGCAGCUGCCGCGGAUAGAGAACUGCGUCCAGAAGAAAUCGAAGAAUUAAGAGAAGCCUUUAAGGAGUUUGAUAAAGACAAGGAUGGGUUUAUUAACUGCAGGGACCUGGGGAACUGCAUGCGAACCAUGGGCUACAUGCCUACUGAGAUGGAGCUAAUAGAACUCUCCCAGCAGAUCAACAUGAACCUGGGUGGCCAUGUGGAUUUUGAAGAUUUUGUUGAGCUGAUGGGACCAAAGCUGCUGGCAGAAACUGCAGACAUGAUUGGUGUAAAAGAGCUCCGUGAUGCCUUCCGAGAGUUUGACACCAAUGGCGAUGGGGAGAUCAGCACCAGUGAGCUGCGAGAAGCCAUGAAGAAGCUUCUAGGGCAGCAGGUGGGUCAUCGGGAUAUCGAAGAGAUCAUCCGGGACGUGGAUCUGAAUGGCGAUGGGCGUGUUGAUUUUGAAGAGUUUGUUCGCAUGAUGUCCCGUUGAAGAUUAUUCUCAGCUAAAGAAUCAGCACCUUAGAGAGGGCAGAAGAGGACCUAGAUGGAGCAUCUAGCCCCGAUGUUCCCACAUGAAGGUUAAUCGGCUGG